AUGGACGCACUACCAUUGGACACGUCCCACCCAGCUGUACGCGACUAUCUGUCGCUUGUUCGACUCCAAGUCCUCACUCCCUUGUCUCUGCUCAUCAAUAUCGCUUGUGUAAUCGUCUGUGCGACGGUCUCAACGCCCAGUAUCAAUGGAAUCUCGAAGCUACACCCAACGGCGAUUUCACCAAAUUUCGGUAUCAUUGCUUCGUACGUUGGAGUGAUAAUGUUGGGCCAGAUUGGGUAUUGCCUGUUAUUGGUGACCGCGAAUAAUCCGGAUACAAAGAAAACGCUCGUGAAAGGGGUCGGAUAUUCGCUGGUAUUUUCGAAUGUUUGCAUGGGUCUAUGGGCGAUUGCCUGGGUCAUGCAAUGGUUCCUCGUAUGCACCAUACUGCAAGGUCUUAUCCUCGUUGCUUUGCUGUACUCCAACGUCGCUCUCCUUGUCUAUCACCGGCCAACGAGCGCGCGGUGGCUCGACACAGCACUCAUUCAUGCCCCUAUGCGCUUCUUCUUCGUCUUGCCGUUCGCUUUACUCUUCCCUCUAUGUCUAUUCGUCAAGCUCGGGUUUGCGUACACCCCACCAACCCCGGACGGACCUCAAGAUUACAACAAAUGGCACGCCUGGGCAGGAUUUGGAGUGGUGAUGGGUACAAAUGCUGUUGCGUUCUUGGUGGUGUUGUUGAGGAGAGACAUCGUGUGGUGUGUCGCGGCGACCUGGAUCUGCGUCAGCAUAUGGAGUCGCAGACCGAAGCCCGGUCCUGUUUACAUUACGGUCAUCGUCUUCACGGUGAUGCAUCCACUGGCUUUGCUAUCUUCGUACAUCUAUUGGAUGUUCUUCUCAAAGAAGCAAGGCGCACGGGUCCGACUUGCAGGGGAGGACGAGCAUCCGGGGUUGUAUGGCAAUCAGCAGAACAGGAGCCAGGCGUUGGGAGGAGGCCAGUAUCCAGCGAGAGGCCCGAGCGGAGAAUCGGUGCCCAGAGAGAUUGGUGAGGAGACUUGGGGCUAG